GUGAGGUCAACAUGUAGACCGCUGGAAGUAGAUGUAUGGCAUCACCAUGCGCUUCGUUCAAUUCACCAAGGACGGGGACAGAAAACUAGGGUUAGAGAUAAAAGAUGGUAAAGCCAUAGUAGACUUAAAUGCUGCAAAUCCAGAACUUCCGUCAAAUUUACGAGAUUUCAUUAAAGGAGGAGAUGUAAACCUAAAGAAAGUCCAAAGAAUGCUGGACAUAGAUGAUUAUGCCCUCAAUACAGAUUCCGUGAGACUAGAGGCGCCUAUAUUGCGCCCCGAGAAGGUUCUGUGUGUGGGGAUGAACUACAGGGACCAUUGUAGAGAGCAGGGCGCCACCGUCCCGGAGGAACCCGUGGUGUUUGGAAAGUUCCCGUCCUGUAUCAUUGGACCCCAGGACGACCUACACUACCCGGCGGAAACACAGAAGCUUGAUUGGGAAGUGGAACUAGCAUUGGUCAUUGGAAAGGAGGCCAAGCAUGUUCAGAAGGACCAAGCUAUGGACUAUAUCUUUGGCUUCAGUGUAGCGCUAGAUGUCAGUGCUAGGGACUGGCAGAAUAAGCUGAAGAAUGGCGGUCAAGUGCUGCUCGGGAAAGCGAUGGAUGAGUUCUGUCCUCUUGGCCCUGUGGUUGUCACUAAAGAUGAAGUAAAUGAUGUUCACAAUCUUGGAAUCCGCUGCAGAGUUAAUGGCAUUAUUAAACAGAGUAGCAACACGAAUCAACUUGUACACAGAUCUGAAGCAAUUAUUGCUCAUAUUUCAAGAUUUAUCACAUUAAAGCCAGGUGACGUAGUUUUGACCGGUUCCCCGCCAGGUGUCGGUUUCACCCGAAACCCCCCGGAAUUCCUUAAGCGAGGUGACGUAGUGGAAUCUGAAAUUGAGAACAUCGGGCAGAUUUGUACUCGAAUUGUCUGAACGGUGUGAUGACUGUAUGACCAUCGUGUAACAGUUCCCUGUAUAUCCUGACCAGUCAACAAUUGUGGCCCAUGUGCGGGAGUUAUUAACCACUUACAUGUAUACAUGGAUGAUGUAGUAGCUGUAUAGAUGUAGACAGUGGAGUUCAAUGAUUUAAAACAAAACAUAUUCUAUAAGGGUUAACAUCUAAGUUGACAAAGUUUGGUUGAUACGUAUCUACCGUGUUAGGGGUGCUUGCCAUUUAUUCACAAAUCAUGUCUUUUAUUUUUUUUU